AUGCACCUAUUUUUUGCUCUCUGCUGUUUCUUUUGUGGGCCUUGGGAACGGGAAUCCCUCAAUGCCAAGAUUGUGGCUGCCAUCAGUCAGGCCUCAGACUGCUGGGGCAGCUGGUGCCUGCACUAUGAGAUCAAGGACAUCCAUGUGCUCCCACGUGUGAGGGAAUCCAUGCAGAUGCAGGUGGAAGCAGAGAGAUGGAAAAGACGAGAAAUGGCUAUCAACAUGGCUGAGGGCCAGAAGCAGGCCCAGAUCCUAGUGUCAGAAGAUGAGAAGGCCAAGCAAAUCAACAAAGCUGCUGGAGAAGCCAGUGCUAUGCUGGUCAAGGCCAGGGCCAAGGCAGAUACUAUUCAGCUCCUGAUGGCUGCUCUAGCAUAG